UUUUCGGACAUUCUCAUCCUUCUCUUACUUGAAACCCUAGGACUCAAUCCACCGCCCUUGACACUAUCCGGCGAAGAACGAGCAUCCCCGGCCAACGACGUUCAGCUUUCUGAUAGCUGUUUGAAAUGGCGACAGAAUCCAAGACCGUGACAGAAGAUGCCAAGAUUGAUCUUUUUGAAGACGAUGAUGAAUUUGAAGAAUUUGAAAUUGGUGAAGAGUGGAAUGACAAGGAAGAGGGAAAUGAUGUCACGCAGCAAUGGGAAGAUGACUGGGAUGAUGAUGAUGUCAAUGACGACUUCUCUCUGCAGCUGAGGAGAGAACUGGAGAACAAUACUGAGAAAAGCUAAGUGCAUCAGUUGUCAGCUCCAUCUGUCAUUUACCUGCAUUGUCAUAAUCAUGUUGCUAGUGAUGAAGACGAUAUAGAUAUUUGCAUGUUAUGUAGAGAACUCAAUAGUUUUUAGAAGCUCAAACUAUGAACCCCCCUCCCCCUCCUUUUUGUGGGGUUCCUUAAUCUCUACUGAAUUAAGGGACCUUGGAGAAGUUAAA